UGGCGACCGACAUUUUGCCCCCCUGCAAUAAAGUGUUGAAUGAGGGGCAACGCUCAAGGCUAGCAUUUGCUUUCCGACUAUUCAGACAAUCUUGCCUUGCCUACAGGAAAGGGAGGUCUUGCGCAUCGUUCCCCCAAGGGCCUCUUUUUUUUUCUUCGCAUUAUAUUCGCGUGAGGGCGUUUUGAUCAGGAACAAUGUCUUCCACCACGACCACCACGGCGCAGCCGAUCACAGCCGAGACCAUCUUGAGCCUGUUCCCGGAUAUUGACACCAGCGGAGAGGCUCUGGACGGUCACGAUGAGGAGCAGAUCAGGCUCAUGGACGAGGUGUGCAUUGUCGUCGACGAGAACGACAUGCCCAUCGGGAAGGGCAGCAAGAAGAUUUGCCACCUCAUGACCAACAUAGAAAAGGGUCUAUUGCACCGGGCCUUCUCUGUCUUCCUCUUCAACGACAAGAACGAGCUGCUCCUCCAGCAGCGCGCGACGGAAAAGAUUACCUUCCCCGACAUGUGGACCAACACCUGCUGCUCGCACCCUCUCGGAAUCCCAGGCGAGACUGGAUCGAACCUCCCGGACUCCAUCAUGGGCGUCAAGCGUGCGGCGCAGCGCAAGCUGGACCACGAGCUCGGCAUCAAGAAGGAGCAGGUACCACUCGAGAACUUCCACUUCCUCACUCGCAUACACUACAAGGCACCCAGUGACGGUAAAUGGGGUGAGCACGAGGUCGAUUACAUCCUCUUCAUCAAGGCGAAUGUGGAUCUCGACAUCAACAAGAACGAGGUCCAGGCCACACAAUAUACCUCGGCAGAUGGUCUCAAGGCCUUCUUCAAGGACCCCGCAGCCAAGUUCACACCGUGGUUCAAGCUGAUAUGCGAGUCAAUGCUCUUCGAGUGGUGGCAGCACCUUGACUCUGGUUUGGAGAAGUAUACCAACGAGCAAGGAAUCCGAAGAAUGCUCUAAGUUUGCGCCAAAAGGCGGAGUUGAGGUUUACGCUGAUCAAGGAAAGGGGCCUAAACGAACCGUGUCAUCAUAAACAUAAGCACGGCUAUAUUUACUUACCCUUUUUUGCUUUACUUGAUCCCAGGUCCUGUACUGGGAGGAUCCAACAAGAACACUGUUAGAACAAAAGAAAUCACUAAUUUAGACCAUGCUCUUAAACGCACACGCUGCUGGUUGUUCGGGUUUCGCUGCUGAGCCCUAAUAAAAGCAC